CCCAACCACCCAAGGCAGGUCUUUCCCUCCCCUCCCGCGGCAGCGCUGAUCCCAGCUGGGGCCCUAAACACACACAAGGCUCAGGAAGGGCCAGACCAAAUGAUUUGCGGGGCCGGACGUUCCCCACGCCUGAUAUAGAAGAUCGACUGGACAGCUACCCUCAAGGUGGCACCGCUGCUCAUGGGACUGCCCCGGAGUGUCCUUGUCAGAUGAGGUCCACGCAUGCACCAUGUCAUCAUGUGUCUCUAGUCAGCCCAGCAGUGACCCGGCCGCCCCCCAGGAUGAGCUGGGGGGCGGGAGCAGCAGCAGCAGCAGCGAAGGCCAAAAGCCUUGCGAGGCCCUGCGGGGCCUCUCGUCCCUGAGCAUCCGACUGGGCAUGGAGUCCUUCAUCGUGGUCACCGAGUGCGAGCCGGACUGCGCUGUGGACCACGGCCUGGCCCCGGACCCGCUCCUGGAGGCUGAUGGCCCAGAAGGCCCCCUCGACGCUGGGUCCCAGGCCCGACCCCACCUCUCCAGUCGCAAGCUGUCCCUGCAGGAGCGGUCCCAGCUGGAUGCGAAUGGCCGCUGCAUCCACCCGGCCCAACCCUCCUCACCCGUGGGCUCCCCGCAGUCCUCGCCACGGCUGCCCCGGCGGCCCACCGUGGAGUCACGCCACGUCUCCAUCACUGGUAUGCAGGAUUGUGUUCAGCUGAACCAGUACACACUGAAGGAUGAAAUUGGAAAGGGCUCCUAUGGCGUGGUCAAGUUGGCCUACAAUGAAAAUGACAACACCUACUAUGCGAUGAAGGUGCUAUCCAAAAAGAAGCUGAUCCGACAGGCCGGCUUUCCACGUCGCCCCCCGCCCCGAGGCACCCGGCCAGCCCCAGGGGGCUGCAUCCAGCCCAGGGGCCCCAUUGAGCAGGUGUACCAGGAAAUUGCCAUCCUCAAGAAGCUGGACCACCCCAACGUGGUGAAGCUGGUGGAGGUCCUGGAUGACCCCAAUGAGGACCAUCUGUACAUGGUGUUUGAACUGGUCAACCAAGGGCCUGUGAUGGAAGUGCCCACCCUCAAACCGCUCUCUGAAGACCAGGCCCGUUUCUACUUCCAGGAUCUGAUCAAAGGCAUUGAGUACUUGCACUACCAGAAGAUCAUCCACCGGGACAUCAAACCUUCCAACCUCUUGGUCGGAGAAGAUGGGCACAUUAAGAUUGCGGACUUCGGCGUGAGCAACGAGUUCAAGGGCAGCGAUGCGCUCCUCUCUAACACUGUGGGCACACCUGCCUUCAUGGCACCCGAGUCUCUCUCCGAGACCCGGAAAAUCUUCUCUGGGAAGGCCUUGGAUGUUUGGGCCAUGGGUGUGACACUCUACUGCUUUGUGUUUGGCCAGUGCCCGUUCAUGGACGAGCGGAUCAUGUGUUUACACAGUAAGAUCAAGAGUCAGGCCCUGGAAUUUCCAGACCAGCCCGACAUAGCCGAGGACUUGAAGGACCUCAUCACCCGCAUGUUGGAUAAGAAUCCCGAGUCGAGGAUCAUGGUGCCAGAGAUCAAGCUGCACCCCUGGGUCACGAGGCAUGGGGCGGAGCCGUUGCCAUCGGAGGACGAGAACUGCACGCUGGUCGAGGUGACCGAAGAGGAGGUCGAGAAUUCAGUCAAACACAUUCCCAGCCUGGCGACCGUGAUCCUGGUGAAGACCAUGAUUCGAAAACGCUCCUUCGGGAACCCGUUCGACUGCAGCCGGCGGGAGGAACGCUCGCUGUCGGCGCCCGGAAACCUGCUCAGCAAAAAACCAACCAGGGAAUGGGAGCCCCUGUCUGAGUCCAAGGAAGCACGGCAGCGAAGACAGCCUCCAGGGGCCCAACCCGGCCCUCGCGGGGGAGGAGGAAGUGCUCUUGUGAAAGGCGGUCGGCGGCGUAUGGAGAGUUGGGGGGCCUUGGGCCCUGGCCACCGAGCGCGCAUGCAUCCUCUGCGGCCAGACGACGCCAUGGAGUAGCUGCUGGACGCCCGUGACCUCGCAUGCUGGGUGUCUCACCUCCAAGGCUCGCACCCUGCGUUUCCAUAGCAGCAUGUCCUACGGAAACUGAGCACGCGUGUAGAGCCUUGCCCGUCAUCUCCGGUUGUUUGUUUUUUUGUUUUGUUUUCCUUUGUUGUUUUAAAGGGGACAAAAAAAAUACACACCAACCCACAAAACACUCCAUGACAUUGACCUUGGCCGCUGGCUGGCUGAACAGGCAGGUGUGAGGAGUUGCAGACCCAGAGCCACAUGCAUUUUGGGACAGUUUGCUUUUUAAAACAACGUUUUUAUGUCAAAAAAUCCUUCGUUGUGAACCAGGAACCACGUCAGAUACACCGAGAGAAUGUGUGUGGGGUUUGAAAAUCGUGAAAAACUGGCUGAAAACUCAGAAGGCAUGGCCUGAGACCACAGAGUGAGUGAGUUGCUGUAUUUGAAAGGGAGAAGAGUGGACGUGACUUCCCAUGCAAACCCCAAACCUAAAAGCACACCACCUUCCAGAACCGUGGACUCAAGGCAGCGAGGCAGGGCUAGCCCUCAGUAGCUGCAGGGAGCUUGGAUGCAACCUAUUUGUAAGAAGGACUUGAACAUUUUUUAAUUUUACUUUAUUUUGUUGUGACUGGAAUUGUCAGAAAAACAGAAAGGGCUUGAUGGUGAACUGUUUCACAGAGGGGAUUGUCAAUCCUAAAGGGCAUUAGUGGUGGUGGUGGGAGACGUUUUGCUUAAAGGACUUGAAUGCAUACAGGGAGGCGGCUGACCUCUCUUAGUAAAUCUCUCGUUCAAUUACAAAAACAUCAGGGUGAAAUCCUCUACUUCCAUGGAUAUUACAUGGCUUGAGAGGGAACAAACAAGCAAAAAUGGUUACUUCUCCAACUAGACUGAACUCCAGAGUAAGUCAGAAACCAUCUAUUCUAGAGCUUCCAGGAUCUAGUCCCCGGCUUCGGGCGUGCGAUCGGAGUUAGAACCCAUGAAACCCGCGCUUGUAUAUUAGCAGCUUAGCUUGUUUAUAGCCUGUGUAAUUCUAGACACUGAACGUUUUGUUCUCUUCUUAAAUACUAGAGGAGUGUUGUCGUUAGUCAAACAGUAUAUCCAGUUCCCGGAGGUCCGGUUAGGAAAUACUUUCAUUCGACCGAGACACAAAUGAUCAUCCGUACCAGCAAAGCUCUGUUAGGAGACCCCCUGGGCACCCUCUGAGAGAAGGCUGUGGAAAUCCAGAGCACUCCUCAGGGUCCAAGGAACAGGGGCUUGGCACAGGACCUUCCCUUUCGCAGUCAGAAGUCCAGAAAGAAAAGGUUUAUUUUUUUUGACCUUCAUCUGAUAUUGAGAAGUGCGGUUGCAGUACAAGUGGGACUUCUUCCAGAGCCGCAGGUGGGCGAGUGUGAAGGUCAAGGGUUAGGAAAAAUGGGAAGACUUUGUCCUGGGAGAUUCCCGGUGCUUUGUGGAACCCGGGGAAACACUGCAUGCUUUCCGUUGUUCCUGUGUGGACGGCCUUGGUAUGAGGACAUUUUGCAGAGAGAGAAGCAAGGAAUCUCGGAGCCCAGGCAUUCUUGGCAUCCGUAGAUCUUGAAUGUAAGCUCUUGACUGUCAGUUAGCCAGUGUUUUCUCGUGAUCCUAUAACAAUAGUACAGAAUGAGGAAGUGCUGGUGUCCAACGAUCAAAGGAUACCUGUCUGAUGGAGGGUCCUCUCGCCUGCUUGCUUGCUUGCUUUUUGUAACCUGGUACUUCCUCCUGCCCUCCCUCCUAUGCUGUUUCAAUGUGUGGGCCCCACUCCUUCCGGGAGCAGCUGGGGCCUGGUUAGGCUGCAGUAAGCACCUCGCAGUGGUUGAAGUCAGCCGGUCCUGGGUGUUUGUCCCAGCUUGUUUGUAUGGACUCCGGCCUGGCGGGUGGCUCGUCCUGGGGAGGGCGGGCAGCGCGCAGAGCUUCUGCAGAACUCCUGUGUUUACACAGCCGCGUCGGGCAAUGCCAUCUCCCCCACGACACUUUCGGGGCAGGUUUCACAUGUGCAAUGCCCGACAUCAGGCAGCACCCAGCUAUUUUGGCGGUGGGUUGGGGGAGGCCCAAGUUCAUAACUUUAUUAUUAUUAUUAUUAUUUUUUUUUUUACAAAGAAACACCAAAGAAAGCUGUGGAAAGGAACUGGCUGCCACCCCCAAAAAGCCUAAGCAGAGAGGGCUGUACCAUAAGGUGUUAAUUACCACUCCCUUGGAGCACAAACAUUGGUUUUUCAAAAGCCAGCUAUCAGGAGAGGGGGAGCUAUUAGGAGCAGCAUUGCAGGUGAGCCAAAGGCUGCCCGUCCGUUUCUCCCGUUGCUGGCUCAUCUGUGGGACCACUUUGGUGUGUAAGCAACCUGUGGCCUGCAUCCGGGCCUUGAAGGAAGCACAACUUUGCCAUCUUUUCCUCUGCCCUGUUGUACACCUCCCCUCCCCCUCUAUUCCGCUGGCUUACCAGUGGCUCCCAUAAAGCCUUAUCUAGCCCCUUGUCGGCACUGGGGGCCCGAGAGGCUGUCUCCCCGCUAGUCUGGCCUUUCCUGGAGUUAGGGCUCCUGUCCUCAAAGCCUUUCUGGACCAAGGAGGCGAAUACCUGUGCAUUUAGACACAUAGGUUCGACCUGUCACUCUCACCCAUCUUCCAAAGGGGAGCUUCACGUUGCCAGGGGGGAAGAACCAUGACCUCCACUUAUUUCUAAGGUGCUAGGGAAAGGUUCCAAGGUCGUCGGUCCCCAUCUUCCCUCCAGCUUUACGGGCCGAGUUUCGUGGGACUGCUGACUUUUCUAUCCUGUGAUUGAUUUACUGCCCGAUGCUUCUGUUUCAUUCCUGAUCCUUUCUACUAUGCAUUUUCCUUUUAUCAGGUGUACAAAGUUAAAUACUGUGUAUUUAUCACUUAAAAAGACAUGAACUUGAGAAAAAAUAAGCCUUUGGUGUUUUUCCACAGAUGUUUAAGCUUCUCUGUAAACUUGAAAUAAACAAGACAGCCAAAAUGGUGCAAA